UAAAUUCCAAUCCCACUUAUAUAAACCACACACACUGAGGAAUUAAUUAGUUCACCCGCCGAUCCAAACCAAGCUUGUCAUCAUGCCGCCCCCCCUUUUCUCCUUCGCCAUUAUCAUCCUGUCGCUAUUCCUCGCCCUCUCCUCUGCGUUGAAAUCGGGCACCUCCCCCUUCAAAAAUGCCUGCAAAGUCUCGACUGACCCACAGGCGUGCGAGUCCGCACUCGCUACCUCCGGUCUGAAGACCACCCCUUACCCGUCAGCGGACCAGAUCAUCCACGCGGCGAUGAAAGUCUCCUCCGAUCAGCUUGACACUGCCAAAUCCAAGGUGCAUGAUAUCCGGGCACACUCCACAGGAACGAACAUGACAGUCGCGGCGGACACGUGUCUCGAACUGUACGAAUACGUGGAGCAUCGGAUGAAUUCCUCCGGCGAGGCCCUCAAAAGCGGCGAGAUCAAGGACGCCCGGGCGUUGAUGAGCGCCGCAUUCGCGUACCAAUACGACUGCUGGUCGGCGCUCAAGUACGUCAACCAAAGCUGGCUGGUCAACGACACAAUGGCGUACACGUGGACACAUCUUCUGUUCACCGGCGACGUGCUGGGAAUGCUGGCGAACUACGACCAGGUCGGAGGCGAUACCAGGUCGUGGGCCCCGACGAAAACCGAGCGCACCGGGGCCUGGGAGAAGACCGACGGAUCCAGGCAGGCUAUCGUCGGCGGGGUUCCAUCCGGGUUGACCCCGGACGUGACGGUGUGCAAGCAAGGCAGCUGCAGCUUCGAGAAAGUUCAGGACGCCGUGAACGCCGCGCCGGAUCGCAGUCCGACCCAGAAGUUUGUGAUACUGAUAAAGGCCGGGCUCUACGAGGAGAUAGUUCGGGUCCCGUUUAAUAAAACGAAUGUGGUGUUUUUAGGGGAAGGCAUGGGCAAAACUAUCAUCGCCGAAGACUUGAAUGUGGGACUUGCCGGAAUUACAACUUACCACUCUGCCACUGUUGGUGUGAAUGGAGAUGGAUUCAUGGCGAAGGGCCUGACGAUCAAGAACACGGCCGGCAUCGGGGCUCAUCAAGCAGUUGCCCUCCGGCUGGACAGCGAUCAUUCGAUCAUAGAAAGCUGCGAGUUCAUCGGCAAUCAAGACACCCUCUACGCCCACUCCCUUCGCCAGUACUACAAGGACUGCCACAUCCAAGGCAACGUUGACUUCAUCUUCGGAAACUCCGCCGCGGUCUUCCAAAACUGCACAAUCUCCGUCGCACCCAGGCAACAGAACCCGAAGAAGGCGGACAAGAACACCGUGACGGCCCACGCGAAGCUCAUCGCGGCCCAGACUACGGGCUUCGUCUUCCUCAACAGCAAAAUCAACGGGACGGAGGAUUUCAUGCGGUUUUAUGCGCAAAAACCUGCGCAGUUCAAGGGCAGCUGCUUUCUAGGAAGGCCGUGGAAAGAGUAUUCGAGGACGGUGUUUAUAGACUGUACGCUGGGGGAUCUUAUUUCUGUGGAGGGAUGGGAGAUCUGGGACGCCAACUCCACGCUGAGUAACCUUUACUACGGGGAGACGGGCAGCAAAAAUGCGGCCGGAGAAGCUGUUGACCUGACAAAGCGUGUGCAUUGGAGUAGCCACAUCGAGAAUGAACAUGUGCCUUCCUACUAUCCCCAGAAUUUCAUCCAAGCUCGUAAAUGGUUUUCCUAACUCCCCAGAACAUCACCUUCUUGUUUAUCAUCGAUUAUACACUCCAUAAUUAUAAUUUCUCUAUCAUUUAAUUACUCUUCGUUACAUACAUGCAGUAAUGUACUCCCUUUUAUAUACUACGUAUUAUACGUACAGUUCCCUCUCAUUUGAUUACUUGUAACAUUUGCAUGUCACGUUUUUCAAGCAACUUUAUUUGUCCAUUAUUACUGGCUAAUUGGGCAUUAAAAAGAAUCAUAAAAAACUAGCUAGACCUUUAUAAUUUAAAAUGAGACAAACUUCAUACGGAGAAGUAGUAUUUUUCAAAAUUAAUCGACAUAUGCAUUACUAAUUAAAUUAAAAUGUAAUUGGAUAGGGGAAAUUUCACAAGAAAUUUUACUUUUUACUGGUCUUCUCAUAAUAAUCCCACAUUUACGUAAUCCCAGAAUAAUCUCACCUUUGCACACCAUCUACUUUCGGUGGACCUUAAUCGGUGGAUGACCUACUAUACCCGGGUUUCUUUUACACUUUCUUUGGAAGUCUUACAAUAUUACACCUUUCACAAAUAUGCUCAAAACGGUCUCAUGUUUCAUUUUUUCUUUUUUUUGCCUAAAAAAUUUUCCCCUUUUAUUUUCAUCUCUAGACACUUUUUAUUCCUUUUUCUAUCCUUUUGUUCUUAUUUCUUUUCCAUUUUUAUUAUUCUAUUUGUCAUUCUAUUAGGAGAGUUUUUUGUUGUAAAAUUCCCCUAAAAAUUAAAUAGUUCAUUUUGUCGUUUUCUUUUUCUUAUCGUAUUUUUAUUUCAUUUCCAUUUUUAUGUUUUUCUUCUCAAUCGGUUUUUCUUAUUUGUCACUCUACUUUUUGUUAUAUUUUCUUUUUAUUUUCGCUAUCCUCCUUUUUUCUUCUCGUUACUUUAUUUAUGUUUUUUCUUCUUUCUUCUUCUCUUUCUUCUUGUUAUCUUAAUUUCACCAUCAAUAUGUUUUUCUCCUUUCUUGACUAUUGUAUUUUUCUAAGUAAAUUCACCAUUAAUUGCAUCAAUUGUGGGAAAAACUCUAUGUGAUAAAAAGAUUAUGGAAAAAUAAAACAUUUGGAAAAUGUAAAGAAAAAUAAACAUUAGGGAAAAUGUAUUUUUUGUCUUUCAUUUUCGCUAAUAUUUUAUUUUUCUUUUAAUUUUCUACUAAUAUUAUUAGGAAGUGUUUACAUAAAAUUUUAGAAAGUGUUUUUCACCUUUUGACUUUAAAAGGCUGAAAUAGAUGUUUUCAAAUGACAGCUUAUGCUUAAAUUAAGUACUUAAAAGCUAAAAAAAUGGAAGAAGGUUGAGGGUGCUAUGAACUGCUUUUCACUUUUUAUAUUACAUGAAGUGCAAAGAUCAAAUUCUCCCUUUUUUAUUUAUUUAACAUUUUAUACAAAAUUGGCCAAACUGGGAGGAAUAGUGUGUCGUGCACUCGUUCGUCCCUUUCUUCGGUUCCUAUCUCAUCAGGCCACUGUGAUUUGCUGUUAGCCAUUGUUAACAGUUAACGGUGAUGAUAUCUGCUCCCAAUUCCCACCCACGCCACGCCUUUCUUCUUCUUAAGCUCAAUUCCACCAUCUGCCGAUACGCGUGAAUGUACCUUGACCAAGUCAAGCAUACUACCCACAGGGCUGUCCCAAUCCCAAUUCCCCCCACUCAUCAUAAAUGCCUGACCACUAUGUCCACCAGAAAGCUUAUUAAACCCUCCUGUCCGUUGAAGCUCUUGUACAUAUCCAUGGCGUCCCUUUUCUCCUUCGCCCUCAUCCUCUUCCUCGUCCUAUUCUUCACCCUCUCCUCCGCCUCCCGCCACCACGGGGCGCCGAAAUCUGACGGCGGCGGCGGCGGCGGUUUACCCCUCUCCGCCCGUAAUGCCUGCAAGGUCUCCGCUGACCCGUCAAUGUGCGAGUCCCAACUCGCCAGCUCCGAUCUGAUUCCGCCUAACCCGACUGCGGUCCAGAUUAUCGAGGCGGCGAUGGGGGUCUCUUCUCAGAAACUCCAGCAGGCGAAAUCCAUGGUGAACGAUAUCCUUAACCGCUCCCAACAAAACCACAACCGCACAGUUGCGGCCGAAACGUGUCUUGAGCUGUACGGAUACGUGGAGCCGCGGAUGAAAUCCGUCGGAGAAGCUCUCCAGAGCGGCAAGAUCAAGGACGCCCGGGCGUGGAUGAGCGCCGUACUGGUAUACCACUACGACUGCUGGUCGGCACUCAAGUACGUGAACGAAACCUCACAGGUGAACAGAACAAUGGCGUUCACGUGGGCGCUACUAGGGUUCACCGGCGACGCGCUGGGGAUGCUGGUGAAUUACGACCAGGUCGGGGGCGAUACCGGGUCGUGGGGCCCGCCGAAAACCGAGCGCGACGGGUUCUGGGAGAAGGGCGACGGAUCCGGGUCUGUUAUCAACGGCGGGGUUCCAUCCGGGUUGACCCCGGACGUGACGGUGUGCAAGCAAGGCAGCUGCAGCUUCGAGAAAGUUCAGGACGCCGUGAACGCCGCGCCGGAUCGCAGUCCGACCCAGAAGUUUGUGAUACUGAUAAAGGCCGGGCUCUACGAGGAGAUAGUUCGGGUCCCGUUUAAUAAAACGAAUGUGGUGUUUUUAGGGGAAGGCAUGGGCAAAACUAUCAUCGCCGGAGACUUGAAUGUGGGACUUGGCGGAAUUACAACCUACCACUCUGCCACUGUUGCUGUGAAUGGAGAUGGAUUCAUGGCAAGGGACUUGACGAUCAAGAACACGGCAGGCAUAGGAGCUCAGCAAGCAGUGGCCUUACGACUGGAUAGCGAUCGAUCAGUCAUAGAAAACUGCGAGUUCAUCGGCAAUCAAGACACUCUCUACGCGCACUCCCUUCGUCAGUACUACAAGUCCUGCCAUAUCCAAGGCAAUGUUGACUUCAUCUUCGGUAAUUCAGCUGCAGUCUUCCAUGAGUGCCAAAUCUCCGUCGCACUCAGGCAACUGAAACCGGAAAAGCCGGCAAACAACGCCGUGACGGCUCACGGGAGGAUCCUCGCGGCUCAGUCUACUGGCUUCGUCUUUUGGGGCAGCAAAAUCAAUGGCACUGAGGAGUAUAUGAGGUUGUAUGUCCAGAACCCUAACAAGUUCAAUACCACCUACCUAGGAAGGCCGUGGAAGGAGUACUCAAGGACGGUGUUUAUAGACUGCACGUUAGGUGAUCUUAUUUCUCGUGCAGGCUGGUUUCCAUGGAAUGGUGAUUUUGCGCUGAAUACGCUUUAUUAUGGGGAGUUUGGCAGCAAAAAUGGUGAUGGAAUGGCUGUUGAUACGUCUGGACGUGUGAAAUGGAGUAGCCAGAUCCCGGCUGCGCAUGUGUCCUCCUACUCCCUCCAGAAUUUCAUUCAAGCUGAUGAAUGGAUCCCUACCUCCAGGGUCUUGGCCGCGUUCAAGACAAACUGAGACAUUUCCCCCCCCAAAGUUUAGAGAGCCUAAAUUAUGUACAUCAUUCAUCCGACUAAACUUUGACAAAAUACAACCUCAGAAUUUUUAUUUGUUCUGUCUUUGUUUGUGGAUAGUUUAUUAGUACUUGUUCAAUUUUUCUAAUGUAGCAAAUACUAUACUAUGCAUCAAAAUAUAUAAAUAUUAUUUUUACAUCUUCC